UUAAGCAAACUUUUAAAAAUGUUUUAUGUAAUCUUUCGACCUCUUUACCUCUUUAAAUUAUAUUUACAUGUAAUUAGUAGUUAACAUUCAAAUUAGGGACUAGGGAUACUUCAAUUUUAAAGUAUCUAGAAAGUAUAUAUUGGCUAUACUGUAAACCGUUUAAAAAUAUUUUCAAAUAACUUGUCUAUGCAAACAAAUCGUUUGCAAUUGGUCACUUAAAACUGUUUUAAAUAACUGUGAAAUGGUGGAAUUUGUUGUGCCUAAAAGCAAAGAAAUGAUUUCCUCAAAUAAUCAAGACCAGCAUCCAUCAUUAGUUCGUCACCUCAGAGGUCAUUACCACGAAUUAUCUGAUUUGGCUUUUCACCCAAAUAAUGGAAAAAAAAUAGCAACGUGUGGUACUGAUAAAUACCUUUUGUGGUGGACUCUUGGUGGCUCUGUGAAGUGUUACAAAUCUGAAGGUCAUACAGACAAAAUAAACUCCUGUGCAUACUCUCCAAACGGCCGAUUUAUUGCCACUGCUUCAAAUGAUGAUACGGUUAGAAUUUGGGUUCCAACCAUACUCGGCAAGUGUACCUUUUUUAAAGGGCACAGUUCUGCAGUUCAGUGUGUUUCCAUAUCACCCACUAAUACUGAAAUAAUAACUGGAUCUAAUGAUAAAACCAUAAAAACGUGGAACCUGCAAAGAAGGAUAUUUAUAAGCUCAUUAAUUGGACACACCAACUGGGUGAGGUCUGUCAAGUAUACCUCCUGUGGAAGAACCGCAGUAUCUUGUGCUGAUGAUAGGAGCCUGCAAGUGUGGGAUGUUAGGAAUGGAAUGUCUGUUCAUACAUUCCACUUUUUAGACAUUAGUGGCACUUAUGUGUCAAUACAUCCUAAUGAUGUCUCUCUAGCUGUUGCAAUGAAUAAUGGAAGUGUACGAAUUUAUGAUAUAAGGAAUCACCAGCUACAGCAACAGUAUGUUGAUAUUCAUCAGGAAACUAACUGUGUUGACUGGCACCCAAGUGGACUGUACUUAUUAAGCUGUGGUACUGAAGGGUCUUCAAAACUAAUUGAUGUUAUGGAAGGCAGGCCACUUUACACCAUAAGGGGGCAUAGAGGCUCUAUAAAUAAAGCAAAGUUCAAUCCUGAUGGCGAAUAUUUUGCUACUGGUGGAACUGAUAGUAUUUUAAUGGUUUGGAGAACUGGCAUUUUGAUUAAUUGAAUAACUAUAUAUUUUUGUGACAAUAUUAAAGUAAUGAAUAUUCUAGCCGAGCUAACCGUAAGUUAUGAUCCUAUAAUUACUAUUAUUAUUUAAUAAUGCAGCUUUUUUAUUUUAUUUUUUGGAAA